UCAUUUCAUCAAAAUAAGUUCUGAUUGUUGCAUCUUUUUAGUAGCAUUUGGCUGUUGGAAUGGAUUAAUGUGACAUGCCACUGUUUCAUUCAUGUUUUGCUGCUUAAAUUGCUGCAUUUAGGCUGAAUCAGAGAGUUAAAAAUCUGUAUUUAGUUAGUGUGUUUUGAGUUUUGAGUUUUGAAAGUUUACUAUUUUAGUCUUCAAAGCUUUCCAAAUUUGGGGAAAUUAUAGCUUUAGUUGUUUCUCUUUAUUUGUUUUCUCUGUUUUAAUGUUUCUAUACAUCAGUUUCCAAAAUGAUCUUGAUUAUUGCAUACAUUUCAUUUUACUCUUAAAAACGUCGAAAAUAGCCUUUUUCUCCCCCUUGAGGUUGAGUUCUAUUGCUGCGUGGUUGAAGAAUUUGCUGCUGUUAAACUAGAUCAUUGCUUUGUGAAGGUGUUUGAUGGAUUAAUUGUAUGUCUAAUUGCUGUAAUAUCGUAAUGCACAGAGCUGUGAUCGUGUAAGGGCGGAAGGAGGUGGUGUUUCGGUUGAAAUGGAUUGGUCGGAGAGUCACUUGUGCAUAAAAUGCGAUAAAGGUGGGAAUGUGCUGCUUUGCAAUGAAAACGGCUGUCCUUUGGCUGUUCAUGAAGGGUGUUUGGGCGGUCCGGCUAGGUUAGAUGAUGCCGGGCGCUUCUAUUGCCCCUAUUGUGUGUACAAGCAAGCUGUUGCAGAGACGCGCAAAGCUAGAGAAUUUUCUCGGGCGAAAAAGAAGGCUUUGUUGAUCUUUAUGGAUGGCAGUGAAAAGGGUAUGCGAGAAAAUAAGACGUGUGAAGAGAAUGGGCGAAAUCAGUCGAAUCUGAAUAAUGGAUCAUGUGAGGAUGGUAAAAGUGAAAAGGCUAUGCGAGAAAAUAAGACGUGUGAAGACAAUAAGCGAAAUCAGUCGGAUGUGAAUAAUGGAUUAUGUGAGGAUGGUAAAAGUAAGGCUAACAAUGACGGGGUUAUUGAUCAACCUCGUGAAGAGGAAAAGGUCGAAGAAGAUUCUGAAUCUUCUGGUGGCUCUGAAGAUGAGGAUCGUUCGCUUGAGAAGAAUUGGGGAAAUGGCGAUAUAGCUGUGGGAGAGAAACAGAUUCGGGAAGAGGAACGUGAAGCUUCUGUGGAAGAGGAAAAUGCUGAGGAAGAGGAACGGGAAGCUUCUGAUGAAGAAGAAAAUACUCAGGAGAAGGAUUUUGGAACUUCGUUAUCUUCCACCAAUGAAGACUCCACACUCACUGGGCGAGCAAGAGCUACGAGAGCACCAAAAAGGAUCAAGCUUGUGGACAAAGAGUCCGAAGCUAUUUCAGUUCUGCAAAGUAAAUUUAGCGAUAAGAAGAAGUACGCAUCUCCAACUUCGACUCCUGCCAAGAAAUCUGCUAGGAAUUCAUCUUCGGCUAUGGGAACGAGAAAAGUAGUUAUAAAAUUUAGUUCUGCUAGGAGGUUGAGCAACUCUGAAAUACAAUCCAAAAAAUCCGACGCAUCUGGCAGAAGGAAACGUAGUAGACUGAUGUGGACGGAGGAAGAAGAAGAAGCACUCAGGGAAGGAGUGGAAGAAUAUCAGGUUGGAGUGAACAUCCCUUGGAAGAAAAUCUUGGAAGAGAGCGAAAAGUUCGACCCGACUCGGACCCCGGCUGAUCUUAAGGAUAAAUGGAGGACUCAGAAGUUUGUGCAGUUUGGCUGCUAGGAGGAUGAUGGUGAAGGUAUAUAGACAGCAUUUUUUGGUUGCUCUGGUUAGCUGUCUAAUUUUGUCUAUAAAGAGUGAAAUUGCUGAUUAACUCUUUACUUUGAACGAAUUUGUCUAUUUCAUCAUGAGUUAAAUUGAUGAUCAAUUGCGUAA